AAGAUGCUCGAAACUUCUAUUUUCCUUCAAGCAGCCCCUAUAAAAUGGCAGUGCUUGUGGCUCCCUCGUGCCCACUCAUAUAACACUCGUCCGGUCAUCCUAGGGUUUCUCGUCGCUCAUACUUGAUUAUCUUAUCGUCCGAUUUUCAAAAGGUUUCGAUUCCAUGGGGAAGUGCUAUCCAACUGUUAGCGAUGAGUACCAGAAGGCUGUUGAAAAGGCCAGGAGGAAGCUCAGAGGAUUUAUUGCUGACAAGAAAUGUGCUCCUUUGAUGCUCCGUCUUGCAUGGCACUCUGCUGGUACCUAUGAUGUGAAGACAAAAACCGGAGGUCCUUUUGGUACCAUGAAGAACAAGGUCGAGCUAGGCCAUGCUGCCAACAACGGUCUUGACAUCGCUGUCAGACUACUCGAGCCUAUCAAGGAACAGUUCCCCAUCAUCUCAUAUGGUGAUUUCUAUCAGUUGGCUGGUGUUGUUGCUGUUGAAGUUACCGGAGGCCCUGAUGUUCCCUUCCAUCCAGGAAGAGAGGACAAAGAAGAGCCCCCAGUUGAAGGUCGUCUUCCGGAUGCAACCAAGGGUAACGACCAUUUGAGGCAAGUAUUUGUUGAAACCAUGGGUCUUGAAGACAUUGACAUUGUGACUCUUUCUGGUGGUCAUACUCUUGGAGCUGCACACAAGGAAAGAUCUGGAUUUGAAGGACCAUGGACCCCAAAUCCUCUUAUCUUUGACAACAGCUACUUCACAGAACUUCUUGCUGGUGAGAAAGAAGGGCUUUUGAAGCUGCCUACUGACAAGGCUCUUCUUGAUGACCCUGUAUUCCGACCUCUUGUUGAGAAAUAUGCUGCUGAUGAGGAUGCAUUCUUUGCUGAUUAUGCAGUGUCCCACAUGAAACUCUCUGAGUUGGGAUUUGCCGAUGCUUAAUCUGGUGUCAAAGGAGAGGGGUGACCUGAUGGGUGCUGCAUCAUCUUUAUUUUGAAUUUUUAAGUUUUUAUUUUAUGGUCUUGUUAUGAGGGGGGAAAUGAACUUGAAGGUUAAAACUUAAAAAAACACAUUUGUGAAGGAAGUGGUAUUUUGGUGCAGCUUUAUUGGAAAGA